CUGGUUAGAGUUAAGUAGAGAAAGAGAAAGAGAAAAAGAGAGGGGUGGUAAAGGGUAGUAAGAAAGAGAGAGAGAGACAAAAGAGGAGAGAGAGAAAGAGAGAGAUGGAGGAGAAAGACAAAGAGAAAGAGACAAAUAUCAAGAAUUGGUGAAAGAGUAAAUAAGUAAAUAGUAAAAAAAAAAAUGCAAUAUAUAUAUAUAUGUAUAUAUAUGUGUGUAUACUAAUAUAUACAUAUAUAAAAUACAUAUGACAAAAAACAAACAAACAAAAAAACAUUUAGUACCAAGUUAAAACAAACAAACAAAAAAAUGUGAACGAAAUUCUUCAAGACAGCAGAGGAACUGUACAGGAGAGUGAGAUGUCACUUUUGCCAUUAAAAUCGAUUGCUCCUCUAAUCUGGUCCUUCAGAACUUAGCUGCCAAAACGCCACAGAGUGUGAUAACAAGGAAAAUAUCUUGUGAUUUUCCUGAGUUUUGUCGUUCCAGUCGGCAUUAACCGUUAAUUUUGUUUGCUUGGUCUUGUUGUAUUUUUCUUUUUUUUAUUCUAUUACUUUUUUUUUUUUUUACCGUUUCCCCAUUUUUAAAAUCUUUUAUAUUCUUAUAUACAUACAUACAUACAUAUAUAUAUACAUAUAUAUACAUAUAUACCUGUCCAGCAGUACUUCGUUCGUUCGUUCGUUCGUACGUUCGUCCGGGGGUGUGUUGUGCGUUUCGAGAGAAAAAUAAUAUCAAAUAGAAACAAUUCACAUCAACAACAACAACAACAACAACAACAACAACAGCCACAACAACAGUAACAGCAACAACAUCAAAGCGAACAAGCAAGAAUAUAUAAUAUAUAUUUAUGUAAAUUUUUAUAAACAUACAUUUCUUAUCACACACACACACACACACACACACACACAUAUAUAUAUAUAUAUAUGUAAUAUUUUUAAGGGAUUUUACCGAAGCUAGAGAGAAAACGAAGACAAUACAGAGCAGGAAGUAACAACGAAAGUAUAUAUAUAUAUAUGUAUAUAUAGAUAUAUAUUGAUGAGUGUUAAUAAGAAAGGAUUGUUGCGUGUAUAACAAAUUUUGUGUAAAAGGAAGAAAGGAAACAAGCAAAUAAGGGAUGAUAUAAAAAGGACAGAGAGAGAGAGAGAGAGAGAGAGAGAGAGAGAGAGAGAGAAGGAGAGAGGGAGGGAUGUGGAAGAACUUAUGACAGUGGGAAUUAAGACUCCUUGAAAGAGAAAGAGAGGAAUAAGGAGGAAGGAAGAAAUUUGCUGUGAGAGAGGGGAAAAUGAAAGAGAGAAUGUGAUAGAAAGAAAGACAGACAGAGAGAGAGAGAGAAAGAGAAAGAGAGAGAGAGAGAGAAAAAGGGAAAGAUGUGAAAAAGUACAAAAAAUAUAUAUAAAAAAAGAAAAGGGGAAUUUAAAGAAAAUAAAAAAAAAGGGAGUAAAAACACCAAAAUAGCCAGUUGAAACGCUAAAAAGGGGACAAGAAAAGGAUGUAGAAAAAGAAAUCCCCUCUAAAACCAGGAAGAACAGAACAAAUGGAUGAGUAAAUUCCAAAUUAGAAGUGUGAAAGUAAAAGACGAUAUGGAGAAAAAACAUAUACACUUCCUCUUUUUCGCCGUGAAGAACAAAAUCGUUUAAUUUUUGCUAAAACUAGCCAGAGGCGGCAACUGUACAGAAAGAAGCUUCCACCCCUCUGUCAGGAAUAGACUGUACCGGGCGGGAAGGUCAUUUGCCUCAACCAGCAGUACGGUCCACCUCACUCCAGUUGACCGCCGCUUCUCAGGGCGUGCUGACGGCUUUCAAGCGGCCAGUUUUUUUUUAAUGGAAAAAACUGGAUAAAGAAGAAAAAAAAGCAAGAAAAAAAAGCAAGAAAAUAUAAGAACAUAUUCUACACACACAAUAUAUAUAAAUAUAUAUAUACACAUACACAUACACAUAUAUGAAACCCUACACAAAAUAUUCACCCAUGUACCUAUAUUAUAUGGAUAUAUAAAUAUAGAUACAGUAUAUAUAUAUAUAUAUAUAUAUAUAUAUACAUAUAUAUAUAUUUGUAUAUAUAUAUAUGUAUAUAUAUGCAAUUACAAAAAACAAUAACCAAAGCACCGUAUUAUUAUAAUCAUCAUCAUCAUCAGAACCAGUAACAACAAGAGAUAUAUGCGAACAUAACAAGAUCGAUCGUUUAACAGUAGUAGUACUGGCACCAAACACUCUUUUCUGCCAGUGACGGCUGUGGCUGUACGACCCUCGCAACUUUGAACUGUACUCCUGGCUCGCUUAACUUUUUUUUUUCCUUCCUUCUUCUUCUCUCUCUGUCUGUCUGUCUCUAGUUCUCGCCGUGGUUCGUCUUCACUCAACCCGUUUCAUUCGGCUGUUAUGUUAUCAUUUCACUUGGACCCGUUCACUUUUUAAGUCUUUUUUUUUUUUUGGAAAACUUGUUGUUGUUGUGUUGUGCUUGUCACAUGGCGAUGGAAAAAGUUUACUGAUACACACACAAACACACACACACACACAAACAAACAUAUAUCGAUAUAUAUAUGUAUAUAUAUAUGUAUAUAUAUAUGUAAAUAUACAUACUUACUGUUAUACAUCUUACAAGGAGACGUCAUCAACAACCAGAAGGAGAUAUAUUUACCAUCACGAAAAGGAAUUUAAGGAAGAAAGAAGAAAAAAAGGAUAUCUAUCUACAUAUAUAAUUGUAUACACACACAAAUAUAUAUACGCGCACGCAAACACACACGCAUAUAUACAUAUAUAUUUAUGUACUGUCCAUUGUGAAGAAUAAUAAGGGGGGGAAAUCGGGGUGUGUGUCGUGUGUGUCUAUACAUUCUUCUCUCUCUCUCUCCCUCUUUCUCUCUCUCAUAUAUAUAUAUAUUCAUAUAUAUAUAUAUAUCUGUAUAUAUAUUUAUACACAUGUUGGUGUGUGUGUGUGAGUGCGUGCGUGUGUAUAUAUGCAUAUGAAGGAGGGGGCACUGCUGCCUGGGCCCCAUCAAACUUCCAUUCCUAUCCUUGCUGACCUGGGGGGGAAAAAUAACGAGAGAAAUCUCUCUCUCUCUCUUUCUCUCUUCCCUUAUUUUUUUCUUCUCUCACUCCCUCUCUGUCACACUCCCUCUGUCUCUCUCUCUCUCUCUCUCUCUCUCUCUCUGUCAAGAGGUAGUGUGAGUGACCUUCGGUGAACCGUAGUGGCCAGACAGUUCGUGACCUGGGACUAAGAGAGAAGAAAGGAGUGCGAGCCGCACAGCAGGUGCUCGGGGGGAAAGUUUCCCAUGAUUCAGCAGACACCGCGGCCAUCUUACUUGUUAUUCUUUGUCCAGAUGUAAAGCCGUCGUCCGGAUCGAGAUAUUUUAGAAGCUGUCUGGCAACAUGUCACGGAGGAAACAGGGCAAACCACAGCAAAGGAAAACCAUUGAUUCAUUGGAACAAGAAAAUGACCUCCUUGUGUGCGGAGACUGCCAGACCAACUUCCCGCUGCGGGACAUACAGAAAUUCAUCAAACACAAAGUCCAUCGCUGUAACAAGGAAAACAUAAGCGUUUUGGACUCUGAAGCUGAAUAUGAUGAUGAUGAUGACUCUGGGACCGAGGCCAUAUCACAGAUUGGCUCGAAGCAGCCCAGCAUCUCGGCGCCGAUCGCGCGCAAAGAGGCGCUGGAUACGAAACACUCGCCUCGCUCGUCCGAACCGAUGAAAGAACUGAACCGAACAUUGGACAGCGGUCAUUCUAAUAAACGCAAGGAAGAGGACAAUGGAAGCCAAGAUCUACGAAUUAGUUUGCCUUUAAAACCAACAAAACAAGUGGCCGAUGCAGAAUCUAAUACGACACAUUCAGAACCGUCAAAGUUUGUGUGUGGUACCUGCAAGACGACAGUGAAUUCUGCUUGGUCACUUGUACAACAUGUGCAAAGCAUUCAUGGCAUGAAGAUUUAUUUACCAGCAUCAGAGCUUUCUGUACAACUUUCCAAUCUAUCAACUCCAUCUCCUAAGGCACCAUCAGACCAUGUGAUGACUCCUCCGACUCCCAACACUGCUGAUGCUUUGCCACACCCUCCUCACCCCUUCAUGUUCCGCAUGCCAUUUGAUCGCCAACACCAACUGCCACCAGGUCCAGCGCUCAGUCCGUUUAACCGUCCUCCAACGGGUCCGGAUUUCCGCUUGGACCUGUUAAAUGAUCCGUUUCAUUCAAGGUCUGUCCAGGGCCUUUCUAAUAUUUCAUCAGCAUUUGAUGUACCGCCGCCAUUUCCGGCCCCAUUCAGUGACCGACCGCGGAUCAUGGAAACAAUAGACUUUUACUCACAGCGUCUUCGACAAUUGGCAUCAACACAGACACCCCCUUUACGUAAACCUACACCCCCAUUUUCACAGACUCCUUCAACAUUUACAUCGAUAACGCCAACACCAUCGCAUUCUCAAGAUUCUUUACCAAAGAAUUUAAGCCCUGCAAGUAAAUUAAAAUCUUGUGAGUUUUGUGGGAAAUGUUUCCGAUUUCAAAGUAAUCUAAUCGUACAUCGAAGAUCUCACACCGGAGAGAAGCCAUUUAAAUGUCCCAUAUGUCCACAUGCAUGUACACAAGCUAGUAAACUAAAACGACAUAUGAAAACUCACUUAAACAAGUCGCCCCUCAGUAGUAUGUCUCAGACUUCAAACAUAUCUAAUGCCUCUGAAGGCAGUGUGCCAUCCAGUAGCAGCACACCGGACUCCAACAAACAUAUGAUAAAACAUAACGAUUCUAAUAUUGACUUAGACAACGAAGAGGAAAACGAAGAGGAGGAAGAGGAAGAGCUUGAAGAGGAGUUAGAGGAGGACGACGAUCUUGAAGGGAUGGAGACUGUUCACAAUGGGUCUCCCGAUCCUUUAGAUUGUCAUGUAAGUAAAAAUAGAGACGAUCACUCUUCUCAGGAGCGCAGAACUCCGAACGAGAGGUCGAAGGAUCUAAGCCACAUGCCCGGCGCUGGAGAGAAGUCUUUGCUGAGUGAGGUGAUGGAAAACACUGGUCUCAAUAACAUUCAGCAAUAUAACGAGGCGUUCCAGCAGGCGUUGGCUGAAAACAUCCACAACAAGGAUAGCACAAAAGUUGAAGAAGAUGGUUCGGAGGGCACCGAGAAUGGUGAUCGAGACAUAAAGUCUGAAGACACAGAUGUGUCGUACACUAGUCAGGAAAAACCUGAACCACUAGAUUGCAGUGAAUCGCCCUACACAAAACGAAUUAAGACUGAACCACUGGAAAUAGUAAAUAGUAUGGAAUCUAUAUAUUCUAAUAUGUGGUUACCUAGUAGUCACCACCAAGAGUAUUUUUUAUCUGGUCUAUCUGCAAGGCUUAGUGACCCUAAUCACAACAGUUUCAAUUCUCCAUCAGAAAGUGCCUUGAAGCCAAAUCUGACUUCGCACCCUAAAGCCGGCCCUAGUUCUAAUAGUACCCCCAGUAAUGGUGGUCCAAUAUCAAAUCGGAAAGACCGGCGGAAUGAUACCUGUGAAUUUUGUGGGAAAGUUUUCAAGAACUGCAGCAAUUUAACGGUGCAUCGAAGAAGUCAUACUGGUGAGAAGCCAUAUAAAUGUGAGUUGUGCAGCUAUGCGUGUGCACAGUCGAGUAAGCUGACUAGACACAUGAAGACGCACGGCCGUAUUGGGAAGGAUGUGUACAGGUGUAAGUUCUGUAGCAUGCCCUUUUCUGUGCCGAGCACUUUGGAGAAACAUAUGCGCAAGUGUGUCGAGAACCGGCAAGUACGAGCAGUUCAGGAGACUGACACAGAUACAAACAGCACUACUACAUCUACAUUAUAGUUUUUUUUUUUUUUCUUCUGUUUUUUUUUUUUUUUCUCCAAAUGACUACUUGAUGUUCAAACGUUUAUUAUUAAAAAAAUAUGAACAAAAUUAUAAAGUCUAAUAUGAGAAAUACAAACAAGGAGCGAAAAAUUGCAAAAACAUAAAUAAUACGAAAUACUAAUCAAAUUCUACAUUGUUAUUAAUUUUCUACUUUUUAUAUCUCUGAGACUAGUUUUGAGCUGAGAAGAAAUAAAGGGAAGGAAUUUGGAAAGUUUUUCUGUCGCAAAACUCAUUAAAAUAAUCUUUGGAAAAGAAAAAAAAUCAUAGUUUGUAUUUAAAAAAAAUGUUUUCAAAAACAUAACAAAUUUAUUUUCGAUUUUGAAAGAAGUUUCCCCUUACCCCUACCCCAACACACACAUACAAACACACAUUCUCUCUCUGUCUCUCUCUCUCUCUCUCUUUAUUUUACAUUGUUUCUCUUAUUUGCACACGUAUAUACAUGUGUGUAGUGUGUAUAAAUAUAUAUAUAUAUAGAUGUGUGUAUUUAUAUAUACACACACACACUCACACACACACACACGCACACGAAUGUUAAUCAUUUGUAUGCAUAUAUGUUAAGCAAUGUAUUUGCACAUGUAUACAUACAUAUGUGUGUGUGUGUGUGUGUAUCUUAUUAUAUGUAUAUAUGUAUGUAUAUAAACACACACAAACACACAAUGUUAGUUGGGUGUAUGUAAUUGUUAAAUGGUUAUACACAAGUAUACAUACAUGUGUAUGUAUAUAUAUAUAUUUUUAUACAUAUACACAUACAUAUAUAUAUAUACAAACACACACACACACACACACACACACACACACACACAUAUAUAUAUACACAAUGUUAGUUGUGUUUAGGUAAUGUUAACUAACAAUUAAAAUUUUACUUAAGACAAAAAUAAUCAACUUCUCUCUCUCUUUCAAUACAAUGCUGUCAUGUAUGUAUGUUUGUAAACAUAUCUAUACAUCUUUGUAUAGAUAUGUGCAUAUAUCUAUAUAUAUAUGCAUGCAUACAAGUAUACUUAUGUCAGUGGCUAUUGUUUUUGGUAUAUCAAAUAAAUACUAACUUUUAUUCUGCAUAUUCUUCAGAAAACCUCAACAUUCUCAUUGGUACUCUCAGAUACUCUUAGCUAAAGCUCUUUCAUAAACAAAACUCGUUAUAUAGGGAAAUAAUUAUAAUAACAAACAUGAAUAGUUAGUUGGCACUUCGAAUGUAAAAUGUAAUUAAUUUCUUUUGAUAACUUAUACACAUAUUUGUAUGUAUGUGUGUGUAUGUAUACAUGAAUGUGUGUGUGCAUGUAGCAUUAUAUGCAUGUGUGUAAUUAUAUAUUUAUAUACAUAUAUGUGUGUAUGUAUUAUAUAUAUAUAUAAAUAUAUAUAUAUAUAUAUAUGUAUGGAAUAUAUGUGAAUAUUUGUAUAUAUUUGAUAUUUACAUAUAUAUUUAUGUAUGUAUUUAUAUAUAUAUUUCUAUGUAUGUAUAUUUUUAUAUUUAUAUACAAAUAUUCAUACACACAUAUACAUAUAUAUAAUAUAUAUAAAUAUAUAUAUAUAUACACACAUUCAUAUAUUUUACACACACACAUGUGUGUAUGUGUGUGUGUAUAUAUACAUAUAUAUAUAUAUAUAUAUAUAUUUAUAUAUAAUCAUAUCAUGUAGACAUGAAGAUUAUCCAGAUAUGCAAGCAUGUCUUCUACAACAUCUAGUUGGUAUAUACACCCACACAUCACACCCUUUUAUAACUUCACAAAUAUAUACACUCUGUUGCAAUAUUACCUAUUAAUUUAAAGUUUUAUUUUGUUAAUAUUUCUGAGGGUGGGGCACCUCCCCCUCCACUUAAGGAAUCUUCUAUAUUCUAAGUACUGCUGAUUAUGUUACUGUUAAAAGCUCUUAGCAUUCAUUAUAUCCAUCUUCACAUACACACACACACGCACAUAUAUAUAUAUAUA